UCACCACUCAACCACUUCCGGGGUCGCAGCUGAGGCCUGCUAAAGGCGUCGCCUGGCUCGAGCGGGCGUUUCGCAUUCGUUGUUGUUUGUGUUGUUGUUUGUGGUGUUGUUGUUGUCUGUUCCAUCACAGUUGUAAACUCGCGCGCAUUGGUCGCGAUGGACGCCGCGUUGACGCAGUUCUGCCAGGAGCAGCUCCUGAAUGAGUUCGGCAUUGAGACCGGCACGGAAGACUUGAGGUACAUUCUCUCCAUCGAGAAGGACGAGGAGCUGGAGGAGUACCUGCAGGACCUCCUGUGUGGCGACGCCGAGAAGAAGCGACGCUUCAUCCGCGCCGUGCUCGCCCGCAGGCGCCCAAGCAGGCCCGACCCCAGCGGCGUCGCCACCGUCGCCACCGUCUACCGUAAGAGCGACGAGGUGCAGGAGCAGCCGCCAGGCAGGGAGCAGCAGAAGAAGGGGAAGAAGAAGGGGAGGAACAAGGUGGAGCUGCAUAGCCUGGUUCCCGAAGAGGUGACCCCAGAGAGCCAGGUCAAGACGCCCGCCGACUUGGCCAAGCUGCAGCAGCAGCAGCAGGAGGAGGCUGCGGCCACCGCCGGCAAGAAGAAAUCGGCAAAGUUCGUGUCCCUGUACACAAAGGCGGGCGAGGACCGCCUGACCGUGCGCCUGCCCGGACGCCACCCCUGUGACUGUCUGGCCCAGAAGCACGGCCUCGUCAACAACUGCCUGUCGUGCGGCCGCAUCGUGUGCGAGCAGGAGGCCUCGGGGCCCUGCCUCUUCUGCGGGAACCUGGUGUGCACGAAAGAGGAGCAAGAGGUGCUGUCGCGGAAAUCCAACAAGAGCGACAAGCUCCUCAAGAAGCUGAUGACCGACCACGGGCGAGAGCUGCUACCAGGCGAGGAGGCGCGCUGCCGGGAAGGCCUGGAGCAGGCGCAGCAGCACCGCGACAAGCUGCUAGAGUACGACAAGAACAGCGUGCGCCGCACGCAGGUGAUCGACGACGAGUCCGACUACUUCGCCACGGACUCGAACCAGUGGCUGAGCGCGGAGGAGCGCGAGAAGCUGCGGCGGCGCGAGGAGGAGCUGCGGGAGGCGCGCCACGCGUCGCGCACGCAGCUCAAGGUGACGUUCGACUUUGCGGGGCGACGCAUCACGGAGGACGACUCGCCCGUCAACGUCUACGACCGGGAGGACGCCGUGGUGCAGGAAGUCAGCCACGGCCGAGCGGGGCGCCCCAAGGGGCAGGUGGGCGCCCCGCGCGACGACCCCCCGCUCGGAGAACUCGUCAACCCCAACAUCUGCCAGCCAGCGCCCGUGUGGGUGCAGGAGGAUGAGAGGGGGGGAAGGGACGGCGGCAAAGCCCGCCGGAAGGACCCCGUGGCGGCGGGCGGCGGGCGUGCGCCCGGGACGCAGGCGGACCCGGAGCGGAGCCGGAUCCGGAUCCAGGAUCGGGAGCUGAUGGAAAUGUCGGACUCGGGGAUGUGCCUGAGCAUGCACCAGCCCUGGGCCUCUCUGCUCGUCAAGGGCAUCAAGAAGAGCGAGGGCCGCACGUGGUACACGUCGCACCGUGGCCGGCUCUGGAUUGCCGCCGGCUCAAAGCAGCCGACGUCGCAGGAGGUCGCCGAGGUGGAGGAGACGCACCGCACCCUCAAGCACGGCGAGCGAGUGGAGUUCCCCGCCGAUUACCCGACGGCCUGCCUCCUGGGCUGCGUGGACGUCAUCGACUGCCUCCCGCAGGAGCAGUACCGAGAGCAGUUUCCCGAGGGGGAGUCGGGGUCUCCAUUCGUCUUCGUGUGCGAGCGCCCGCAGGAGCUGCUUGUCAAGGUCCCCAUCAAGGGACGCCACAAAAUCUGGAAACUGGAGACCCACGUCCACCAGGGAGCCCAGAAGGGCCUCAUGAGGCAAAUGCAGAGGGACUACUGAUGGGGGAGUCGGUGACCGCUCCACUCCGCUCUGCCCGCCCGCCCGCCCGCAGGGGACCACGCUUGUCCGAUUUACCCGCGGCGGCUGCGGAAAUCUCAGAUGCCGUAGAGGGUAAAAAGGUAAAGAAGCAGCGCUGCAAUAAUUGGUUUGCUUGCGCUCCGUUAGAGGGAGCUCUUGGGAGAGCGCCACCAAGAAGGUGUUUUGCAUUCCCUGCCAAGCUGGGCAGACGUCUCGGAAGAACCACAGUAAUAUAUAUAGAAAAUAAACCUGUAAUUCAAUGAAGUUAUUGGUUAAAGCUGACGCAAUAGAAUGCAUUCACUUGCAUUAGUUUUAUAGCGGAGAAAGAUUAUCGCAAAAUCUGUCCAGCCCUACCAGCCACAAGCAGCUCCGUUGUCAGAAGCAUCGUGUACAACGUUGUGGUGUGGCUCGCAAAAGUAUCUGCAAAUUCUGCUGCAGGGAUUAAAUCUGCAAAUGGAAAUGGCAAUUGCCACUCGGAAAAUCAAAUAUCUAGCCCUUUCACAUUCUAUGAUUAUGCAAUAGAAAAUAUUCUGGUCACGGCAUUAAAAAAAACGGUUGGAUCUGUAAAAAAAGAAAUGACUUGGUUUAGCGACACCAUCAUACAGACGCCCGCUAUUAAAAUAAAAUUGACUUGAAAAUGCU